UCUAAUCAUUGCUGAACAUACUUGCUGAAUUCCAGAAGCACACAAGUUUACAUAAAUUAUAUAUAUUUUUUUGAGAUAGAAAUUGAGCAAUUAAAAUAAUAAUACCAACAAAAUGGAGGAGCUGGAUAUAACAAGCGUGGGUCAAUUCCAGACCCUGGUGCGCUACAACAAUCCGGUGCUGGUGGUGAAGCACCCGGACAAGAAGGGGGGCGCUCCGCUAACAGAGAUCGAGAUGAAAAGGCCCCAAACGGCGGGCGCUUUGCUAGAUACCAAAAGGGAAACCGAGGAGAUUCUAAAUUCCAUUUUGCCACCGCGCUGCUGGGAAGAGGAUGGCCAGUUGUGGCAGCAGUCUGUGUCAAGUACUCCAGCAACACGCCAGGAUGUGAUAAAUUUGCAGGAGAUGCUCGAUACUAGGCUGCAGCAGACCCAAGCUCGUGAGACAGGUAUUUGUCCCGUGCGCCGCGAGCUCUACUCCCAGUGUUUUGACGAGAUCAUUCGUCAAGUUACCAUAAACUGUUCAGAGCGUGGCCUGCUACUGCUGCGCAUCCGCGAUGAGAUCGCCAUGUCAAUGGAGGCCUAUGAGACAUUGUACUGCAGUUCCGUAGCCUUCGGCAUGCGCAAGGCCUUGCAGGCACAUGAGGAAAAGGAAAUGCUCCGUGACCGGGUCAAGACUCUUGAACUAGACAAAGAGGCACUAGAGGAGAUAAUCGCGGACAUGAAGCUUAAGCAGGAACAGGCAGAGCGUCGUAAUGCUGAGCUGAGAGCCUCUGAAGAGAAGAAGUUCACGGAGGAAAUAACUUUCCUGAAGAAGACUAACGCGCAACUAAAGGCUCAGCUAGAGGGCAUAACCGCACCCAAAAAGUAGAAGGAGAUUUAUGGUGUGUGGUCUAUGCGUUUUCUAUUUGUCACUUUAACUUUGUUGUAACUUAUUAAAAUUAAAUUAUUUGAGCAAUCGAA